UAUUUUAUUAUGUGUUUGUAGUUUUGUGUUUAUAUUUUACUGUUUCCUUUUGUAGAACUUUUGAAGAUAUGACUAAAGAUGAAGACUUUAAGCUACUCAAGAUUCAGACUUGUGAGCUCAGAGUGAACAUACAUUGUGAUGGUUGCAAGCAGAAAGUGAAGAAGCUCCUUCAGAGAAUUGAAGGUGUUUACCAAGUAAAUAUCGACUUUGAGCAUCAAAAAGUGACUGUUUAUGGUAGUGUUGAUUCUGGUACUUUGAUUAAAAGAUUAGUUAAGGCUCGUAAGCAUGCGGAGCUUUGGUCUCCGAAUAACACUAAUCAAGCUCAGAAACAACAAAACCCCAGCUGCAUCAAAGAUAACAACAAGAACAAGCAAAAUCAAAAGCAACAAGGUAUAAUCAAGAAUCAGCACCAGCAAAAAUUCAAUCUUUUGCCGGAGGAAAUUGAUUAUCUCGAUGAGGAUGAUGAUGAUGAAGACGACGAUGGUUAUCCUGAGGAAGAAAUGAGGUUUGUGAGAGAUGGAACAAGACAAAUGGCUAUUCUUAGACAACAACAAGCAGAAGCAAAUAACAAGAAAGCUAUGGCGGCUGCUAUGGCUAAUGGGAAAGUUAACAACAACAAUGUUGCUGCUCAUGGCAAGAAAACUGGCCCUAUUCAGAAUAUGCCAAUGAAGGCAAAUCCUGGAAGCGGUGGCAUUGAUCAAAGAACAAUAAAUGCUAUGAAAAUGAACAUGAACAAUGCUGCUUCUGCUGCUGCUCAAUUAGGUCCAAAUGUCAACCUCAAUGAGGCUGCGAAAAUGGGAAUGGUCGGAGCAAAGGACUUAAACGCAAUGAUGAAUCUUGCUGGUUUUAAUGGGAAUAACAACAAUGGUACUACUACUACUACGAAUAACAACAGCAACAUUGCUGCAUUCUUGAAUGCGAAUGGAUUUCAAGGUCAUCAAAACAAUGCUAUACCGGGAUCUUUAUCAACCGGUGGUCAUCAUCAUCCAUCAUCUGCCUCAAUGCUAAUGAACAAUGGAGGCCAACAACAACAACAGUUCAAUCCAUCACAAAUGCUAAUGAAUUUUCAAAACAGGCAUGCUAUGCAACAUCAACAACAACAACCUCAGAUGAUGUACAAUCGUUCACCUCUCGUUCCUCCAGCCACUGGUUAUUACUAUAACAAUACCAACAAUAAUUAUGGCCAAGUCCCUUACACUACUUAUGCUGAUCCUUACUAUUACACUUCUGCUGCUGCUGCUGCUGCUAAUGCUGAUCAAUCUGCCACUAAUACUCAUAUGUUUAGUGAUGAGAAUCCUAGUAGUUGUAGUAUUAUGUGAGUUGGUUUUUAGUGUGUAUUUUGUAAUGUGGGAAUUGAAGUAAUGGUCUGAGGAUGAGGAGUAUUUUAAGUCCUCAAAAUCUUUUUCUAUUUAACAUCAGAAGAUAUAUGAUGUUUAAUAUGUAUUUUCUAGCUACUGCUACAAUUCUAUAUAUUGUUG